ACAUCGUUUAUAAGUGUCUCCAUAUCCGGCAGGCUUCCAUUGAUGGACGAUGCAUAAACGUAUCUUCCGAAGUGUAUUCAAUAAAGGAGUGCCAAGUUAAAUAAAAGGAGUCUGGUUUUUCCUUACCCUGUCUUAGUUUUAGUUCAUGUAGGACAGUGGUACCACCUCUUCUUCAUCAGCAUUCCUACCGCCACUGCCAUUCUACAGUGGAGGAGACAGUGAGCAGGAGGUGCAGAGGACCAUGGUAGUUUUCUCCUUCUGUCACUGCAGCAGCUGUGGAAUGGAUUCUGAAAACCCACUUGAGAAUGUUUGCCUUGAGUAGCAAAUGUAUGUCAUUAUGAACAGUUAUUUCUGGAGUUCUUUAAUUAAUGAGCCUGAAGUUACCAUCUUCAUAGUUUGUUCAUAUCUACUCCAGGUACAGACCUGCAGUGGCAGUUUGAAUCCAGUAGGUCCCUCCAACAUUUUCAGUGCAGUUAUAGAGGAUCUGGAAAAGAUUGAAAACUUUCGUAAGAAGAUUGAUGCCACUUUAUAUACUGCAGAUGUAAACUAUCCUAGUGGCUGUAAUAUAUCAGUUCUGAAGUGUUUUAAACUUGAGAUGGAUGUAAUAUUUUAUGAAUCUGAAAUGGAAGAUAAUAAAAAUGAAGAGUUUCUCAAUGUAGUGCAUAAAGUAUUGAGAAAUGUUAGAAAACUUUUACUAGAGAGUCAGGACACAGAAACAUCCAAGUGCCAACCAUGUGAAACAUUUGAAGAAAAAAUAUAUACAGAUUUUAUAGAAACCUUCAAGAAUGUUGCACAGCGAUGCAACAGAGAGACAAAAAACUGACACUGAGGAAGUGUUUAAUGAGAUAUCCCACUGUAGCAGGAAGGAAUAGUUUUUUGCCCUCUAGAAGUAAAGAACUGGGAAAAUAAAACUGGGUCAAAAGAAAUAGAACAGGUUGUGGUAAGUUAAAGCCAUUGCAAGCUUGGCAACAACCCUGCUGUUACAUCAGUCAGGAUGCCUUAAAAAGUUUGCUCGGUUUACACAAUAGGGCUAAACCUAGUAUGACUUUAAAAAAGUUGUGUGUAUGUGAGCUUUUCUUGGAAUGUGGUCAUUCCAUAUUCCAGUAGCGAUUGGGGUAUUGUCAGUAACGACUGGAGAAAUUUAUAUUUUUGUUCAUGACUGACACUGAUGAUCUCCUUGAGCCUCUUUGUAUUUGGUUUCUAUAAUGUGGGUUCUGGAGUCCUUAACAAGCCAUUUUAACUGAAUAUUCCUAGGAAGCUUGAUAGGACCAUAUGGUGCAAAUCCAACAUGAGGAAAAAAGAGUGUGAAGCAGCCUGUGAUGCAAAAAAGACUAUAUUGCAUCUUUGAAAUCUUUUUUUAAAAAAAGAUUUCUGUUGACUGAAAGCGUAACAGUGAGUUAUUCAAAGUCCUGGUAUGAUAAAAUGCAAUGAUAGUACAUAACUAUGAAAAUCAUUUUCAAAAUAUUAGAAAACAUUCACUUAUAAAAAGAAAUAAGUUCGUAAUAGCCAUCCUGCAGGGGUGGGGGAAAAUAAAAAUCCUGAAUAUCAGUAUUUUAAAUGAAGCAAGAUACUUACUAUGGGAUUUAAGCUGAAAACCUAUACACAUUUACCUGUGAGUAAGUUCCAUUGAACUUCUGGGUAGCCAUGCACAGAAUUACAUUGUUAAAGUUUUAAUAUGCUUCUUCCAAUUUAAAAUGGUCCCCCAAAAGCAACUGAUUCUGUGCUCCGGCUUUCCUCCCCUUUUCUUUAACAGUCUGCUGGAACACAAGUUGGGUGUCAACAUUUUUUCUUUUAAUUGCUGAUACCUAGUUUGUUUGUUUGUUUUUAAAAAUCUCCUUCACAGGUGUAUACUUUUGCAGGAAGAAAAACAAAGAAAAUUUAAAAAAACUCUAGUCCAUUUAUUUUUAAUGGCUGAUGCCCAUUCUUGUGAUUUUAAAAAAAAUAUUAUUAUUAUUAUUUAAAAUCUUGCCACAUUUUCUGAAACAAUCCUGGAAUUGAUAAGUUCCAUUCUGGUAAACAAAUCUAGUAAGACAGAACUUUAAAAUCCAGGGAAGAAUCUGGUAGAGGAGGAUUCCAUAACAUCCUUACUUCUAGUUCUAAGAGUCUAGGGCUGCAGUUGUAUGGAUGCCUACCUGCAGUCUGAGUGCAGGGCUGGGGAUUUUGAGCCCAGUGUCAAGUUUGCUGGAUGCUUCUAAUUCCUACACCAUUGUGUGUAUACUGGAAAUAGAUGUAGCUGCACCUGACAUUGCUCUAAAUGGGAAAGUGUUGUACACAAGAGCUAUAUGUGCAGAUUGGAGCUUCUGCAUGUCCUGGAGGACUAUAUCUAUAGACAGAACAGUGUGAGUAAAUAAAUGUUGGAGAUGGACUGUUGCCUCUGCUGCUCUACGAUAACAUCCUAUAGUAUCAUGAUAUGGCACCAACAUGUUGCAGUUCUGUAUAUUGAUGCUGAUACAUAUAUCCCCAAAUCUAUGGGGAAUUUUUCUUGAUACCUUUUACCAAAUGUGCAUAUCCAUAAGACUGAAGUCAAAAUAUGAAAUAUUACUCAUAAAUCUAUGUCAGCCCAAUGGCAUGUGUGUAUAUAUUGAGAUCUAAUUAUUUGUAUAUCCUUGCACUCUGUACAGGUCGCCCAAAUGGGGAAGGGCAGGAUCAAAAAUAACUAACUAACUAAAUAAAAAUAUAUCAUUCUGUUUACCUUGCCUGAGAUAAUUGUGCCUUAAUCGUAAGGAAAGUUGUACUUGUUGAGAAAGAGCUGGGGCUGGGGAAAGCCCAAACCAUAGGCAACAAUAAAAGUUUCUAUUCGUAUAUUGAAAGCCUUCUUUCUGAGCCACUGAUUUAAAAGAAAGAAUUUACUGUAUAGUUUCUGAAACUUUGGAUAGCGAAAAGGAAAAUAAAUGCAUCCAACAAAAUGUUAAAAUAUA